UAAUAGAAAUUAGGUUGCAUGAAUUAACCUACCAAUGUAGUGUACGCUCGUCGUCUCUCCUGUUACUCGUGAUUUUAAUUUCAUAAUGCUGUGCCAUUUAAGUUUUUUUUAAAAAGAGCCUAUAAUACGUUCUUCGCCAACUUAACGAUCUGGAACACUUGGCACCAUUUUAUUGUCGCGAUCCUCAAAUGAUCCCUGGAGCUUUUGUAACAAAGUGGGCGUGGUAUAUCCAGGACAAGUUGGGGCAAAACACUGUGCCGGAAGAGACUCGUCUAAUACACAGGACGAUGAGAACAUACAGUGCUCGGAUGUACUGCUGAAGGGCGGAAUAACAUGCUCGUAAACCAACACGAUAGUGAACUAUAACUGACAUAAUUGUUAGCACAGGAUUUAACAAUGAAUACAUCGGCAACUGAACCACCGAACGGCUGGGACGAUAUUGGAGGCGCAGAAUUGGUAAACAUGCGAUCGGAGCACCUCGGCUCAGCGAGCCCUCAGCGUCUUCCGGAUUCUGGAUCCAACGUCACGGAGAAGCUCUCCACCCCCGGGAAACGUGCGCGUGUGAGGCUGGCUGCGGUGUGGGGGACGAAACAGAAUCAUGCCAGUUACCCUCGGAAGCGGAGUAAACCGGGUCUGGGCCAUAACCCGAUGGAGAGGUUCAGGCGCAAUCACCUGGCUGUCACGCAAGUGUGCCGCCAGACCUGGUGCGAGCUGCAGGUGGCCUACGAGUAUGAGAUCCCCCACGUGCUGACGUCACCAGAGACGCGAGCUAAGAUGGAGGCUGGGGUCGAUAUUCACCUGAACAGAGAGCUGGAGCUGCAGGAGGUGGUGUCCGUUCCGGUGCGGUCCAGGGAGGACCAACAGGCCGUCUCCUUCCUCAACCUCCUGAGCAUGAUCCCCGACCUGCAGGCAGGGCUUCUGGUGCGAGAGCUGCCCGUUUUCGGCCUGCUGGAGGGCGUGUUCCUGACGGGCGUGGUCGACGAGCUGCGCUACGACGAGAAAGGGGAGCUGGUGCUCACAGACCUGAAAACGCGCGCCGCCAACUCCCUUCCUGACCCUGCACAGGCCAAAGGUUCCAGCUUACAGGUGCGUCUGUACAAGCUCCUGUUUGAUUCGCUGGUCCGGGGGGACCUGAAGCGAGACCACGUGAUCACUCACCUCAGACUGCUUCCGGAGAGGGCCCUGGGGAAAGGGGUGCUGGAGCAGGCCGAGAGGCUGGAUCUCCAGGUGUCCACGUUCGGGGACCUGCUGGACCUGCUCCUGCUGAACCUCAGCUACUGCGAGCUGCCCCCCGUCGACCGGCUGAGGCUGGAGUACUGCCACCAGGGGUCGGGCGCGGCCAUCGGCACCCAGGACGUCCCAUUCGCCGAGCCCCAGACGAGGGAGGAGCUUCGGCAUUACCUGUCGUACUGGACCGGGCGUCGGGAGCCCAGGGGCGUGGACAUCGAGGAGGCGUGGAAGUGCUGCGCCUGCCAGUACAAGCAGCACUGCGAGUGGAAGCUGGGGGAGGCGGAGUACCUGGAGGCCACGGCCCCCAAGAAGACUGCAACUGACCACACCCCCCAGCAAGACGCAGGCCACGCCCAGCCGGGCGCGCUGACCACACCCACCAACGAGACGCAGGCCACGCCCAGCCGGAAGCACUGACCACAUCCCCCAGCAAGACACAGGACUCACACUCAACCACAACAAACACUCAGUGAGCACUACAUAGUGAGCACUAAACACCGUGCUAAACACACUUUGAGCACUACGUAGUGCUAAACACACAGUGAGCACUAUGUAGUGCUAAACACGCAGUGAGCACUAUGUAGUGCUAAACACGCAGUGAGCACUAUGUAGUGCUAAACAUGCAGUGAGCACUAUGUAGUGCUAAACACGCAGUGAGCACUAUGUAGUGCUAAACAUGCAGUGAGCACUAUGUAGUGCUAAACACGCAGUGAGCACUAUGUAGUGCUAAACACACUGUGAGCACUAUGUACAGCCACUUGUUGUGGUUUGAAUGCCUUUGUGUAACUCAUUUCCUGUUAUUCAGUUUGGAAGGGUAAACCGCCAUGACAAAAACGGUAAAAACCUGCACUAUAGAGCACUUUAACUCUAUUAGGCCUGUUUGGCAAUUUACACUUUUAAUCAGGGAAACAAGCGGAGGUCGCUACUCUUAGCCAAACGCCAACUUCCUUUAGCUUAACAAAGCGCACAAUUUCCUGUCAGUUAUUUUAUUGACAUGGUUUUGUUAAAUCUGUGUGUUUGACCACUGAACUUAAAUACUGUAAAUACUGUGUGUUCGUAUAAUUGUGUAGAUGUGUAUUGUAGUACUGGUGUCACUAUGAACUAUGUGUGAGAGGAGAAAGAGACAGAGAGAGAGAGAGAGAGAGCUGAUUGGAUGAAGCACAGAUCAUUGCUGAAUAUAAAAGUUGAGGACUACAGUAGUCACAAUAUUUUUUAUAAUCUAUUAAUCCACAUUUUAUAUUUUUUAUAAUCCAUUUGAAGUUUCGGUAUUUGUGUUGUGGUGUGCAAUGUUUACUGGAUAUGGAGGUCAUGCCUGCCUAUUAGAAGACAAUGCUGUGUGUUGCCUAUAGAGGAAUUAUACAAUUACACAAUGCUGUGUGUUGCUUAGACACAGUUUAUACGGCAGCAGUGUAGUAUAAUGGGUAUGGAGCUCGUCUUGUAACCUAAAGGUAGGACACUGCCGUCGUACCAUUAAGAAAGGUGCUUAACCUGCAGUGUAUCAGUAUAGAUCCAGCUGUGUAAAUGGAUGCAAUGUAAAUGCUGUGUAAAAGUUGUGUAAGUCGCUCUGGACAAGAGCGUCUGCUAAAUGCCUGUAAUAUGGUGUAACAUACGUCACAUUUAGCUAAUUUAGGAAAUUGGCUAAAGGGUAUCAUUGAAAUACUCAAUUUCUCUGUCCCGAGCGCCAUCAAAUUAUGCUCGGAGUGAAAAGAAUUGUGCUUCACGUGCAUUAAUGAAAUCGUGUCCACUCAUGAAAUUUGUGGGUUGUUUAGAUGAUUGAUGGUAUCACAGUGCAGACAGAGUAACUGUCUAGUAACUGGAUUUGGGGCAGUAAGCCCACCUACCCCUUUCAGGGAACAGCCUGUGUAAUAUUUUAAGUUAGAUAGGAAGUGGCGAAGCAAAACUAAAAUUACACCCUCGAGGAAAGUGUGCCAGGGUGUUUAAUGACCAGGAGAGCACUGAUAAUUGUUAAUUGAUAAUGAUGAUCAUUGACAUGAACCAACAAAAAAAAAAAAUAAAUAACUUGUCUAAA